GAUAGCACGGGCACUCUCUACGGCCGCGGCACCUACCUGGCGGAAUCAAUAACUAAAGCGGACGAGUAUGCGAAGGCAGCUGAAGGAGAGUAUGCUAUGCUCCUGGUUCGGGCUCUUGGCGGCCGGGUCCGAUACUGCGAUGAAGUAGAGCCAGAUGCAGAGGACCUAACAAGAAGCUGCAUCGAGGGCCCGUUCGACUGUGUCCUGGGAGAUCGAAAAAAGUGCCGCGGCACGUAUCGUGAGUUCGUUUUCUUUGACACGGAGAACCUCUACCCAGAGUACAUCGUGAUUUACAAGCGAGAGUACUGA